UAAGCCGCUCUGCCGUCGUGCUGUUUGUUAUAUUAAAAUUUUUUUUAUUAGUAUUUUCUAUAAAUUUAUUUCGUUUGCGAGUCUUUCACGCAAAUUUCCAUAGAUACGUAUAUUUUAUUUACUCCCUUAAGCACACCUAGGAAAAAAAUCAAUUUUAAUGUCAGAAUUACAGUCUGCGUUAUUAUUAAAGAAACAACUUACUGGUAAGUACAAUGGAUAUUAGUACAUACAUUUCACGAUUCACUGUUGUCGUUACUUAAUAUUGCUUCACAUUCUUGUUUUAAAUUAAAAUAGAUCGGGCGAUACAUAAAUGCUAAAAUAGUUUUCCUAGUCCUGGUCUUCUGACAGAUAUGACCAUGUGUCCUAAUUAAUAAAUCAUAUUUUCUCUUAACAUUUAUACCUAUUUACAGCCUUUAUUGGUUUUAAAAUUGUGAAUGAAUAUGAAGGUAUUAGUAAUAAUUAUAUUAAAAAUAUAAAGUAGAUAUUUAUCUUGACCAUGAAAUAAAAGAACAUGUGGAUUUCUUGAUUUCUUGAUCAAGGUUGAACAAACUUAAGAAAAAGAUAAAAAUGUUAAUGAACUCUUUUGUUUAGAAUUACACAAGAACCCAGUGGAAGGGUUCUCUGCUGGUCUCAUAGAUGAUAACGAUAUAUACAAAUGGGAAGUUCUCAUAAUUGGACCUCCUGACACCUUAUAGUAAGUAUUCAUUAGAAUAAUACAUUUCACUGGGAAAACGUAAAUUAUUCUAUAUUUUAAUUGUUAGGUUAUAAUUUUUUUCUCUAUCUAUUAAUUUAACUUGAUUUAUAAUUUGUAUACAUUUAAAAUGAUACAUAGUAUCAUAGGCUGACAAUGAUAUAUAACAAGGGUGGCCCAACAGUCGAUUGUGGAUGAUUUAAAUGUCAAUCUCCAUUUUUAUGUAAUUAGUAGAUAAAUAUCAAUUCUCUAAUCAUUUUUAUCUUAAUAUAUUAUUAUUUUGUUGUACAUUUUAAAAUAGGUGAUACAAAGCAACAAAGUUUAUCUUGGAAAUUGUAUUUAUAAUAAUAUUAUGUUAGUCUUAAUUUAUAGUGUGAUAAAAAACAUUAUUUAACUAUACAUUUUUGUUAUGAAGUCUAUCCCCAAAAGAAAAAUAUAUUCUUAGUAGAUAUCUACCAAAAAAUGUUUGGCCCCCUGAUAUAUAAGUAAUACUUAAUAAUAUGCAUAUCAUAGUUUUCAUUAAGUACCAUGGUUACUUGGUAUAGUAGAUAGUGUUGAUUUUAUAAAAUUAUUAAUCUGAAUACCUAGAGUUAUUGUAAUCUAAUAAAAUCUACAUACAAUUAUUAUCUGUAGUGUAGGUACAUAUAUUAAUUACUAAUUUUAAUAAUUUAAUUAUGUAUACAACUAAAAAUUUAUCAUAUUUCAUAAAAUUCUAAAAUAUGUUCAUAAUAAUUUUUAGAUAGUACUAUUUAUUACCAUCUGUUAGGUAUGUACUUGUAAUUUGUAUUAUUACUUUUCAUAAAGUUCUUUAUUAUGAUUAUAAAUACUAACUGCAUUUUAAUCUUUUUAAUCAGUUUUAAAUGUUGCAAAUUAAUUUUUAAUUUUUUAACUAUAUGGUUAAUGAAAUUAGAAUAUGCCAGGCAACCUUAUUAUACUAAUUUUAAAAGAACACAAUUAGACAUUAUUCAUAUAUUUAUAAUUAAAAAAAAAAAAAAAUUAAACAAACAGAAAGUAUUAUUAAGAAUAGGCAUGAAAUCUGAAUAUCCGGAUUUGAAUCAAAUUUGUAUCCUCGAUAUGCCCAUCACUAAUUUUAAUUAAUCAAAUUUAUAUGUAAAAAAUAUAUACUUACAUAAAAAUUAAUAUUUAAAUAGAAUUGGGUUAUCAAUUAAGUUUGAAGCUAAUUAAAUAUGUGUACGCAAAUUGUAAAUCCAUAAAGGUCUUAUAAAAUAAAUGUGUAUAAAUCUCAGCCUAAGGUCAUUUUUUUUUUUUGGGUGUACUAUGGGGAUGUAAAAAAGUCUUCAAAGCCAAACGAACCUUGUUUGAAAGUUAUUGGGAAAGACUAAAUAAAGUUCUAAAAUGUAUGUUUUUAAAUGUUUAAUCCAUUGGUAUAAUCAAAACUUACCCUGUUACCUUUUUGACUUGGUUUUGCACAAUAAAUCGAGAGUUACUUUCAAUUAAAAUCAUCUAAAUAAGUCAGCGAAACACAGUGCGUUACUAUUGUUUAUUGCUGUUUUAAUACCCCAAAGGGGUAAAUAGUACAGUACAAAGAUGAGAAGAAAGAGUUUGAAGCUUUCCACUACAAACUCUCAUACUAGUUUUAGUUAUACAUGUUAAAUACUAAAAAGCUAAUUAAAGUUUGUUUAUUCAAUACAAUUUUUUUUAAUUUGAUUAAUAAAUCAAAGAAAAAAAUCAAAAUAUAGUACAAUGUUACAUAAAUCUAAAAGUUGGUAUUCCGGGCUGAACUUAUUAUAUUAGUAGAGCAAUUUGGAAUUAAAAAGGGACAGUGAUUCUUAGAAUUAAAGGCUGGUACAUUAAAGUUUAUUCUUUUUAAAAACUCGGAACAUGAUAUUUUGUUGUUAAACCUUUGAACUCUAAAACUAAAUCAGAUAGACUUAUUCUGACUUCAAUUAAAAAAACUUUGUUAUCAAAUUAUCAAUAAUUAAACAUAUUAUUAAUUAACAAAACUGUCUAUUUUUGACCACAUUUUGGAUCAAUUCCAAAAAUACUAUUUUUAAGGUUUAUGAACCAAAAUUAUAAAAGUAUGAUAAUUAGGUUCUGGUUAUACCAAUGUAUUUAGAAUUUGAAAACGCAUUUUGGUAUAAAAAAUUUGAAAAAUGAGUUUGGACAGUUAACUUCAUACUAGCUAUUUUUGUGAAAAAUUAUUUUGAUAAAAAUAGUCGAAAACUUUUUAAAGUAAUUUUAAGACUUUAUAUAUGUCACAAAGAGCAUAUGACAUUAUAAUGGUUAAUCUACUAGCUAAAAAAUCUGGUUGUUUAUGGUUGCAGUUGAGAAUUUAUUAUUUGGUUUUAAAUGAUGAUAUGCAAUAUUUUAAUUAUUUAUUUUAUAGUGAAGGAGGAUUUUUCAAAGCUCAUCUUAAUUUUCCAAAAGAAUAUCCAUUAAGGCCACCAAAAAUGAAAUUUGUUACUGAAAUUUGGCAUCCUAAUAGUAAGUACUUAAAUUAUUAAGUAAUUAAUUUUUCUUUUGAUCAAUAAUUUAUUUUUUAGUUUCUAUUUAUUAAACAAUUUAUAAAAUACACUAAUAUAUUGCUGUUGUUAUUUUUUCUUAGUUGAUAAGAGUGGUGAUGUUUGCAUAUCUAUACUUCAUGAACCUGGUGAUGAUAAAUGGGGUUAUGAAAAAGCCAGUGAACGUUGGUUACCAGUACAUACUGUUGAAACCAUAUUGAUAUCAGUUAUUUCAAUGUUGGCUGAUCCAAAUGAUGAAAGUCCAGCGAAUGUUGAUGCAGCUAAAGAUUGGCGUGAAAAUUAUCCUGAAUUUAAACGCAAGGUUGCGCGUAAUGUGCGUAAAAGCCAAGAAGAUAUCUAAUAACAACUUUGCCAGUUGCUCUAUGUAUGUGUUGCCAACGUUUAAAUCUUUAAUUGAUGCCAGGGUAAACAAUAUUCUGUAUAUUUAUUUUUUUUACAAUAAUGUAAUAAGGUAAUUAACAAUUUGUAUCAAAAUAAUAUUCACAUAGGUAAACAUAUAUAAGAACAAAUACAUUUGUCUACAACAAUGCUGUCUUGAUUACUUACUUUUUAUUACGUUGAUUUUUAAACAAUUCAAAGUGAUAAAGAAACUUUUAGUUAAGUCUCUUAUUUUUUUUUAUAUUAUGUGUCUUAAGUGCUCAUUAUUAUGAAGGCCAGAUUUCAUCAAAAAUACCAAUCGUGGUUAUAGUAAUCAGAGUUUAAGUUAAUGAUUUAUCGACAUUUAAAUUUCACCACACUAAUCACGGAUACAUACACUUCCUGAUUAACCUGACUAAUCAUGAUUAAUAUCAUUAUUGAAAUGGCUGUGUUAUGUGAUAAGAUAAUAAUAAUAAUUUGAAUGGUUAUAGUCGUAUGCUUGUUUUUCUCAAUUUCGAAUUUAUUAAUUUACAUUUUUAAAUUUGAGUAUGAAUAUAUUAAAAAUGAAGAGGGGGAUUUUAUUAAUACUCUUAGAAAGUUGUAAUCGUAAAUAUCUUAUCUCAACAUUUUCAUGUUAUUAGUCUAAGCCAGGGUGAUUAUAAGAUUGGAAAAUGCAGAGUAGGUCAAAAUUGCAGAGAAAUUCUCCGCAGUAGCAUCAUCAAUGUACCCAAGAAAUUCUAACUGUUUAAAAACCCUUAACAAUAAAAUAAAUUUUUUGUUUCGCACUGCCCCAAAUUAUUUAUUUAUUUUAAUGCUACACAACUGAUUGUACUAAGUGUUAAAAUACAUCUCACUAUGUUUUAAAAAAAAAAAAAUUAAAAAUUAACACACUUGUCAUGAUUAAAGAAUGGCUUAAAUUUGGCUAGUUAUUUCUUAACUGUGAAUUACGUUCAACCAAACUUGAAAUCGAAUUUGAAAAUAUCUGGUGAGCUGCAUGAAUUAACAUGAUUAAGAUUUGCUAACUGUGAUUAAUAUAAUUAGUAAAAUCAGCCUUAAGUUAUAAAUUAUUUGAAUUUCUGAACAAAAUUUGUACAAUAAAAAUUAAAUAGUACAAGUUUUUAUUAAAUAUUAUCUAGACCAGGGGUUGUCAAAACCAUAAGUAUUAUAUAUACUAUAUGUGUAUUGUAUUAUUGAAGUUCUAUUAGACGAUUUUUGUAGAGGUCACCAUGAAGAAUUAAUAAAUUACAUGAAGAAAAAAUUAGGGGGUUGCAAUUUGUAAAAGGUUGAAAACUACUGAUCAAGACUCAGAAUAUUAGUGAAGAUUAUAUACAUUUUGAAAACAAAUUGUGCAGAUUUCUAAUUAUAAAACCUAAUAUUAUGUCAAUACAUUUGAAACUCUAAUUAAUAUUGUAUAUAUGUAUCAAAUUAUUUUUAUUAGAUUAUUUGUUUCUUUUCAGUAUUUAAGUUAAUUAAUUAUUAACCUGUUUCAGGUAGCAAAAUGUAGAGCAACCAACAUUUAUAAAAUGUGAUUUACAAAUAUAAGUUUAUUUUGGAAACAAAAAACAUGUCGGUAACUUGAAAAAUUCUGAAGACCAUUAAUUAAGCAUACAAAUUUUGAAUUUAAAAUAUAACAAAUUGUCUUCUGAUAAUUUUUGUAAUUUACUGAAGAAUUCAUGUAUAUGAUCACAAAAUUAUACAAAAUUAAGAAAUAGUGUGCUCUUUUUCAUUGAUACAUUUAACUUAUUUACAUACCUUUUUAUAUUUGAUACAUAUUAAGUAUAAAUAUAUAGAUUUUCAGAAAUUGAUGUUGACUUUUCAUUAUGAUAUGGUUAUAUAGUAUUAUAACUUCUUAAAUACCUACACGAUUAAUGUGAAACAAUUUCAAUUUAGUACAAUUUAUGAUAGUGGUUUAUUGACAGUUAAGUAAUGCUUUACCUUCAUACUUGACUAGUGUAAAUACAAUUUUAAUUUGUAAUGUUUUGUAAAAAAAAAAAAAGAAUAAUAAAUAAAUAUAUAUGUAUGGCAAUGCAAAUAAACAAUACAAUAAUGUACAGUCACAGACUGAAGUUAAUUUUUUAUGAUUAUAUUAAAGUUAAUUGAUAAUAUAUAAUUAUAAUCAUGAAACAUUUAUUUUAAUACUUAAAAUUGUCAUUAUACAUUUGUAUUAUGUAAAUAGUGCGUAACCAAUGUUCCAAUGUUUAUCUAUAAUAAGUAUAUAAGAAUUUAUAAAUUUCAUGUUUUUUUUUUUUUUUAUUAUUAAUUGUAGGUCCUUAUGGACAAUUUUAUAACAGAUUAUUUUUAAUACUAUUUUUAUUUUAUUUUUUUUUUUGUAAUUAUUUUAGGAUAUUAUAGAUCAAUUAUUUUAACUUUUUAACUGUUAUUGGUCCUCAAUUUUUUUAUUUCUUUCCUACAAUAUUUUAUUUGUAGUAUUUAUGUUGAGAUGAACAAAAUUUUUUUAUUUUAUAAAUGUAAAUUGACCAAUGGAUGUAAAUUAUUAGUAUAUAUUAGAGUAGCUUUAAUAACCAGUGUUAUCUAUAGGCAAUUUACUACUAAUUUAUACUUAAGUAUAUAUACUUAAUACUUGAAAGUUAUUCAUUUUGUAAUGAUUCUUAAUCUAAAAACUGAAUUUUCACAUCAUAAUUUUGAACUAUUUUAAAUUGGUACCUAUUUUCGUUUUAUAAUGCUGAUUUUUUUUUUUUUGUUAAACAUUAUUUUGGAACAUAGUUUUAUAAAAAUAUAUAUUUCGUAAGCUGAUACUACUGACGAGUGUGCCGCUGUUAUAAAUGGGAAGGUAGGAUACAUAGUUAUUACUUAUUUGAUUUAAAUCUGUAAAGAUAAGUUUUUGCUUACAAAAAAUAUAUUCUGACAAUAACUUGAUUAAUCAAUUCUUUAAAACAAAUUACACUUAUUUCACUCAUUAAUUUAUGAAUUGUAUAAUUGAACAACAGAGCUGUCUCUUAACCCCCUCUACAUCACCAUUUCAAUUACCGCUACAACUUAACCGUGACAUACGGUUAGAAAUAACUUAAAAAUUGCUAGGAUGUUUUAAAUAUUUUCCUGUAAAUAUAACCUAUAAGACG